AUGGCUGGGACGACCCUGCUCCUCGUGUGGACUCUGGGAUGCGCUCUGACGCUGAUCCAGGCGCAGGACUGCCAGUUCGGCCUUCCGAUGAAUGACGGGCCGGGCAUUGCGGCGGUGAUGACCGUCAGUGCGUGGGGCAAAGACUCUCUGCGCGUCACCCUGCCCCUAUCCAGUGGAUCGGCACUGGACGACAUUCCAUCAGCGCUGAUCAAGCCGCCGGCCGUUUCGGUGAACGGAGCCAGCGGCACUUGGAGCUGUCGGAACGGGUCGAAUCCCGCUGGAAACGGAGCAAACUGGCUCGGGUCAGUGAAAAACGGGAACAUACAGUCCGACGUGCAAGCUGACGGUACUGUGACGAUCACACGAGUGAGCGAUGGAAAGGUGGUGCUGAAGGAGACAUCGCGAACAACCGCCACUGCCCAGGUGUCUCCGGAUCUGGUGGCACUGAAGCAGGUCUUCAGUUCAACGGACGAGGAAAUGAUAUUUGGAUUUGGCGAGCACAAGAAUGGGCAGCUAAACCAGAAAGGUUUGACGUACGAUUUUGAACAGUGCACAGAGUACCGCUAUAGCCAAGGCGGUCAGGUGUGUUUACCAUUCAUUGCAGGAAUAACACCAUCAACUAAGGCAGCUGAUAACUGCUUGAACUAUGGGUUGCUGUGGAAUAUGCCAGGCUAUGGAAAUGUUUCGUUUGACAGCGCAGCCACUACUUGGACAGCGUUUGCUGCAGCCCAGCUGGACUAUUUCGUGACAGUGGCAUCGGAGGGGUCUACAGGUGCACAGUGCAAUGCAGACAUCAGCUCACACUACGUGGAUGCAUCGGGUCAUGCUCCCGUUCUACCCGAGUGGGCAGCCGGCUACUGGCACAGCAAGAACCGGUACGCCAGCCAGGCCGAUCUGCUGGCCGCGGCCAAAGAGUUUCACGAUCGCGAGAUCCCUGUGGACAUCAUCGUCAUCGACUGGCAACACUGGACGUACAUGGGCGACUGGACGUUCGACCCGCACGCCUGGCCAGAUCCCCAAUCCAUGGUGGACACUAUACAGGGAACGUACGGCAUGCAUAUCAUGGUGUCCGUGUGGCCGUUCAGCAUGAUCAAGAGCACCAGUUUCCAAGCGAUCAACUCGUCCGGCUUUGGAGUGCAGAACGGCACCAAGGGAGACAGCAUGUACUGGCCUGAGGGGAUCUGCAGAGGUCCGUGCUAUCUCUAUGAUCCAACUCAGCCUGAGGCACGGGAGUACGUGUGGAGUCGUGUCAAGCAGGGAUACCUCAAGUACGGAAUACACGUCUUCUGGCUGGAUGCCUCGGAACCCGAGACUACCAACGGAAGUCCACCCGGAUCCCAUUAUAAAGCGGGCUAUGCGGAGAAAGUGGGCAUGACUUUUCCGUACUUUCAUUCGCAGACAAUCCAUGAUGGACAAGUCGCUGAGAAGCAGGAGCCGCUGAUGCUGCUGCGCUCCGGCUGGGCAGGACAGCAGAGGUACGGUGGUGCAGUGUGGAGUGGAGACACACACUCACAGUUUGAAGUUCUGCAGAAAUCUAUCGUGUCCGGUCUCAACAUUCAGCUGUCCGGCAUUGCCUGGUGGACAACUGAUAUUGGUGGCUACUCGGGAGGUAAUCCCAAGGACGCCGAGUUCAACGAACUAAUUGUACGUUGGUUCCAGUAUGGUGCCACCUGCCCAUUAUUCCGACAACACGGUGCCAGACCCACUGAACCAUGGCUGCUGAGCAAUGCCAGUUAUGACCUAGUCAUUCAAGUCAUCAAACUCAGGACAUCUUGGCGCCCGUACGUCAUGGAUGCCAUGCAACAAGUGAACAAAACUGGUCUUCCCGUACAGCGACCACUGUGGUAUGAUUUCCCAGCAGACAUGAACACCUGGACAAUAGAGGAUCAGUACAUGUUUGGUGCGAGUCUGAUGGCCGCACCAGUCUACACGUACCAGGCACGUAACCGCACUGUGUACUUUCCGACUGGUUCAAAGUGGCAGCACUACUUCACCAAUGUCACCUAUGCCGGUGGAUCUAACGAAACCAUUGCUGCUCCACUGGAGAACUUUCCACUGUUCAAGCGUGUUGAUGGAGCGGCAUGGCCAAAUGCCAUUGAACCCUAGCAGAAUAUCCAUUUUUAACAGAAGAUCAAAAUCUUCUGCUCCUUGCUUGUGAUAGAGUAGUGUAUGAGUAACUGGAGAUUUGUGUCUAAGGAGCUUUGGCAUGAAUUUGUUGGCACGUCCUUCAGUAAGUUUUUCUUUCGCUCGCGCCACGCGAAUCCUGUUGCUACUUCGACUCUGCGUACUAAUUUUUGCUUGCUCAAAUCGGUUAAUUUUCAAACCAUGCAACCACCAAGCUUUGCAAGAUGGCUGAAGAAUCACCUACAAGUAGGGUAUCUCCGAUCA